AUGACUGAGAACGCAGUUGAGGAAGCCCUCUACUACUUCCUCGGCCAAGACUACCGAGGAAGAACAACUUUUGACCAGCGUGGAAAAGGAACACACAGAUCAUCCCAAUGGACAAGACGGCAGACUGCCUAUGUCGCUGACGAAGACUUCGAUGAUGAGGCAUACUAUGAGACUGCCGAUUUCUACGGCGAUGAUGCUGAUGACACACAGUAUGACGAGGUGUUUGAGUCCAACGACGUCCUUGAGUUUGAGGACGCCUAUGAACAUGAAGAUGGCAUGACGGCGGCCGAGGACUACUACCCAGACUAUGAUCUGCCAGAAAACAACGACCCUGAGGUCCUCAACAACCAUUCAACUCACAACGACGAUAACACCUACGACCUCAACCACUACAUCACUACAACUGGCAGAAGCGCCCCAGACGUCGCCAUGACUUGCUACGAUGAUACAACCACCACUCAACCAUCAGUUGAAGAGGACGCCAUUGAGCAAGAAGCACCGCCACCAGAUCCCGACGGAGAUCAACCAAUGGCCAUCGUUGACGCAGCGGAUCACUGGGACGUCUCCGAAGACGGCAUCACUUGGUUUGUGAUGCAAGAUGACUGGACUGAAGAGACUGCGGGCCGCGAGAUGCCCUACAACUGGCAGCCGGGCGAAACCUUUGAACAACUCAGAGCACGAGUUGACAGGCAAGAGACAUUGUCUCUCUACCAGCCACACCAUGGCAUGGUCACCUAUGGCCCCAACAGAGAGACCUUUGCAAGAGAAGAACGACCACACAAUACCAGCACACCUUACCACAGAGCAACGCAGCCUGAGGAGAAAGACAUCACAGAGCAAACAUACCACACCUACGAUAACAUCGACCUACUGUCAGACUCCAACCAAAGUCUCCCACCUGGAUGGCAUAUCAUCAGCGAUGGCACCAUUGAACUCGGUGUGGAAACGCAGACAACCAGGGAGGAUCCUGACCUCCAGCAACAGCUGGAGCGAGUCCAGCGGCAGCUUCAGCACCUGGAACAACAAUACCAGCAAGAACACCACAGAUCCCAGAGGCUAGAAGAGCACCUCAACCUUUUCAAAAGGAAGUAUGCCACCGAGCUGGAAAAGAACAAGGAGAUACAUCUUCGUGCCAAGGAAGCACGAGACACGAUGGCCGCUGAUGUUCUCAGCCGCCAGACAAAAUUCAACCAAGUUGUGGACCGUCACGUUGCAGCAGGAAUAGAAAAGGCAGCCAACAGACCUGUGCACUUUGCACCCCACGGUACUGUGUGGCAUGCAGACCCACAGUGUGAAGCCUUGACCAGGCCAAACACGACCAAGUUCAGCAGAAGACCUUGCAAGGUGUGUGCCCACACUCUAGCACCACGAAUUCCAGAUGGAGAAGUGCGAGAAGUCCUAGCGAGUGCCAGCUUCACCUUCCUUUUGUAUCGGCCCAAUCCCAAUUGA